CCCUCUGCUCUCUGAAGAUGGAGGAAGUAAAAACAGGAUUACCCUUAGCUACGGCUCCUCCGCCGCCUUAGUCCCCCCACAGCCAACUGCCGUGCACAAACACACCUCCACUGGGCAGAGGGAGCCGACACUAAUAAACACACAAACAAAAGGGGGAUGGAACUGACUCACUGCCUGCGCGGCUGAGUGUGUGCCUGCCUACCUGGACUAGGGGGAAGAUAAGCACUGCACUUUGACUAUGGAAGCAGAGGCUGUUGAUGGAUAUAUCACAUGUGACAAUGACUAUUCGCCUGAGAGGGAGCACUGCGGCAUGGCCAUCGACCUCACCUCUAGCACUCCCAAUGGGCAGCACACCUCCCCCUGUCACAUGGCAGGCACGAAUUCAGUAAAGCUAGAAAUGCAAAGUGAUGAGGAAUUUGACAGGAAGCCCCUGAUUCAUGAAGACAUUAUCAGAGCUCACGAUGGAGGAAGCAGCCUGGAAGAUCCCUUCAUUGGGAGUAACGAGAUGGUGGAUAACAGAAAGAUGCAGGAGCUAUCAAGCGAGGGAGGAAUCCGGCUUCCCAAUGGUAAACUGAAAUGUGACGUCUGUGGCAUGGUUUGCAUUGGGCCCAAUGUGCUAAUGGUACAUAAAAGGAGCCACACUGGUGAACGCCCCUUCCACUGUAACCAAUGUGGAGCUUCUUUUACCCAGAAGGGGAACCUGCUGAGGCACAUCAAGUUGCACUCUGGGGAGAAACCGUUCAAAUGUCCCUUCUGUAGCUACGCCUGCCGGCGGAGGGACGCCCUCACAGGACACCUCAGGACACACUCUGUGGGGAAGCCUCACAAGUGCAACUACUGCGGCCGGAGCUACAAGCAGCGCAGUUCUCUGGAGGAGCACAAGGAACGCUGCCACAACUACCUGCAGAAUGUCAGUCUGGAGGCUGCUGGGCAGGUCAUGAGUCACCAUGUACCUGCUCUGGAAGAUUGUAAGGAACAAGAGCCUGUGAUGGACAACAAUAUUUCUGUGGUGCCUUUUGAGAGACCUGCUGUUAUAGAGAAGCUGUCUAGCAACAUGGGAAAGCGUAAAAGCUCCACCCCACAGAAGUUUGUGGGUGAAAAGUUCAUGAGAUUUGGCUAUCCAGAUAUCCCCUUUGAUAUGAACCUAAGCUAUGACAAGGAGGCUGAGCUGAUGCAGUCUCACAUGAUGGACCAAGCCAUCACCAAUGCAAUCACCUACCUUGGAGCUGAGGCACUUCACCCCCUGAUGCAGCACACACCGAGCACAAUCGCAGAGGUGGCCCCGGUCAUCAGCUCAGCUUACGCUCAGGUCUAUCAUCCCAGCAGGAUAGAGAGGCCCAUCAGCAGGGAAACAGCUGACAGCCACGAGAACAACAUGGAUGGCCCCAUCUCCCUCAUCAGACCAAAGAGUCGAAUCCAGGAUAGAGAGGGCUCCCCCAGCAAUAGCUGCCUGGAUUCUACUGACUCAGACAGCAGCCACGACGACCGCCAGUCCUACCCAGGAAACGCUGCCUUAACCCCCAAGAUCAAGCCAAACCCGGCUUACGUGAAGGAGGAGGCCAAGCCUUUGGAUGUCACAAAAGCUUCUAAGGGCUCUUUAAAGGAUAUGUACAAGGUGAUCAACGGAGAAGGGGAGCAGAUUAGGGCUUUCAAGUGCGAGCACUGUCGCGUCCUCUUCCUGGACCAUGUCAUGUACACCAUCCACAUGGGCUGCCACGGCUACCGGGACCCGCUGGAGUGCAACAUCUGUGGCUACCGGAGCCAGGACCGCUAUGAGUUCUCGUCGCACAUAGUCCGGGGGGAGCACACAUUCCGCUAGGCCUUCUCAUCCAAAGGGGACUCCUAUGAAGUACAAGAACUGCACAUGAAGAAAUACUGCACUUACAAUCCCACUUUUCCUCAGACAUUGAGACGCCUAUUUUGUUGUUGUUGCUGUUGUCGUUGUUGCCGUUGUUUAAUUAUUAUUAUUAUUAACCUUAUUUUUUGUGGACCCAACCUCAUUUGCUCUGCCCAGCUUAAGAAUGGAGAGAAGGAAGGGAAUGGAUAAAAGAGGGGUUUGUUGUGGCAAUCAGUUCUUGGGGAGUGACCUGCCUUGCUUGCUGUGGGAGUUGGAAGGCAGUCUGUGUCUGUCUCAGUCAGUUGUACACCAUGUCCUCUCUUGGGAUGUCGCUCAACCAUGCCAGGUGCUUUCAAGUCCCAACAAGAUGCCACUCAUUUGGAAUUUCAGAGGAAUAGGUAGAAACAUUUCAGAGGAGAGCCUUUUUCUAAUGUGAAGAUUCGGUGCAAGCUUUCGGUGGCUGGAGGAAAGGGGGGGAUCUUUGUUCUGCAGAAUGAACAAUUAUUUUUAAAGCAAAACUGGUAGGGAGUUAGGAGCAUGAAUCAAAGUCAAUAUUCCUCUCAAAAUUACUUUCAAGGGUGAGCUGUUUUCCUGGGUUCAGUGUGUAUUGCCCCUCUAGAAUGUAAAUAAAUUAAAAAAAAAAAAGAAAAAGAAA